AUUCACCUCCCAGAAGCAAGCCUGCUGGCAGGAGCACAUCCGGAAGGAGACUGCCGCCCAGGUCGCCUGGAACAUCAGCUAUGGCCACAAGCACCUGAAGGAGGGACCCUUGCCCAGGAAGCGGCUCCAAAAGGCCCCCUUCAGGUUCCCCUCCUUCCAGUCUGCCUCUGUAUCUCCUGUGACAUCAUGUAGGAGGGCUUCUGUUCAUCAUAAGCUUUGAGUCUCAUAAGAAUGGCCACCACCAUUGACUGGGACUGUAACAUCUACCAGGAUCUUUACAGCCAUUACUUCUUGUCCUUAUAAGCCUGUGGGAUCGUCCCUGACUGGGGAUUGAACCACACCCCCUGCAGUGGAAAUGUGGUCUUAACCACUGGACCACCAGGGAAGUCCCUCUUAAGACGAAUUGGAGAAUUUCCAUUAGAAAAUGGCUUCCAGUCUGAUAUUGUCAGAUUAAAGAAAGUUGGGCCACUGUUGUUUAACCUUCUACGAAUCCACUGAGCUGUGAUGUUAUACAGUCUAGAUUGCUUCAUCUUGCCCAUAAACAGAGUCUCAAUUUCAGCUUCUGCCAGAGCCAGUAGCCGUUGGGAAAGAAGGCUGUGCUCUUCAAAGACCCCUGCAGGUGUCAGCCAGCCCUAAAGCGCAGGAUGGAUCUUGACGUGGUUAACAUGUUUGUGAUCGCGGGCGGGACGCUGGCCAUCCCGAUCCUGGCGUUUGUAGCCUCAUUUCUCCUGUGGCCUUCGGCACUGAUAAGAAUCUAUUACUGGUACUGGCGGAGGGCACUGGGCAUGCAGGUGCGCUAUGUGCGCCACGAAGACUAUCAGUUCUGUUACUCCUUCCGCGGCAGGCCUGGGAACAAGCCUUCCAUCCUCAUGCUCCACGGAUUCUCUGCCCAUAAGGACAUGUGGCUUAGCGUGGUCAAGUUCCUUCCAAAGAACCUACACUUGGUCUGCGUGGACAUGCCAGGACAUGAGGGCACCACCCGCUCCUCCCUGGAUGAUCUGUCCAUAGAUGGGCAAGUCAAGAGGAUACACCAGUUUGUAGAAUGCCUCAAGUUGAACAAAAAACCCUUCCACCUGAUAGGCACCUCCAUGGGCGGCCACGUGGCUGGGGUGUAUGCUGCUCACUACCCAUCAGAUGUCUGCAGCCUGUCUCUUGUGUGCCCUGCUGGUCUGCAGUACUCAACUGAUAAUCAAUUUGUACAACGGCUCAAAGAACUGCAGGAGUCGGCCGCCGUAGAGAAGAUUCCCUUGAUCCCAUCCACUCCAGAAGAGAUGAGUGAAAUGCUCCAGCUCUGCUCCUAUGUCCGCUUCAGGGUGCCCCAGCAGAUCCUGCAAGGCCUUGUCGACGUCCGCAUCCCUCAUAACAAUUUCUACCGAAAACUGUUUUUGGAGAUCGUCAGUGAGAAGUCGAGAUACUCCCUCCAUCAGAACAUGGACAAGAUCAAGGUCCCGACGCAGAUCAUCUGGGGGAAACAAGAUCAGGUGCUCGACGUGUCUGGGGCGGACAUGUUGGCCAAGUCGAUUGCCAACUGCCAGGUGGAGCUCCUGGAAAACUGUGGGCACUCGGUGGUGAUGGAGAGACCCAGGAAGACAGCCAAGCUCAUUGUCGACUUCUUAGCUUCUGUGCACAGCACAGACAACGACAAGAAGCUGGACUGAGGCCCCAGUGGCAGCCUGCGCUCCGCACCCAGCAUCCACUCCCAUCUCCAGAAUCUGACACAGCCACCACUUCUCAGGGAUCCUGCCCCAAAUGCGGUGGGAGCGCCAGCGUCCCUGAGGAAGCCAAGUCCUCCAGCCCCAGUCUCUACAGAUCCACGGAGCUUCGGGGGCCAUGAGGAAAACUCCAAGAUGUUUUUCACAAAAUGCACAUUCACAUGGAACGAAAUAAGAAAACCCAUCUAUGAAACCUACCCAGAAGUCUUCAAGUUCAUGUCACAAAGCGCCCACAUUGGACCAUAACCACCGAGGACAUUUUCUUUAAGAUGUUCCUCACAGACUGAGGCUCGAGGUAUUUCUGUUGCUUCUGACACUCUCCCGUGCAUGCUCAGUGGCUGUUUUAGGAGCGUUAGUCCCCAUUCACCAAGCCCCUCCCGUUUAUGUCUAAUUUAAGUUUACGUAGAGUCCCAUAUGUGAAUGCAGCCCGUCAACUGCAAGACCACGGAGGAACACGGCAGGCUGUAGAAAAUAUUUACACAUGCAGAAGGGCGUGUUCUGCCUUGCCAGCUCUCAGAGCAGCAGAGAACACAGGUGGGUGAUUUGACCAGCACCCCUGUGUCAGGUAUGUCUUGAGUGAACCCGGGACAGCUGCAGUACAAAGAACACCUGGCAGGGUGGGUUCCCUGGGAAUAAUUUAUUAUUUUUUAAAAAGAACUAAUAAAGCAAUAAUGUUCUAGACAUCUAUCUAAAUAAUCAGACUCGGGUUCCGCUCCCAAGCACCUCUUUUCUAUCUUGCUGUGCUAUUGAAAACCCUUGGAUGUAAAAUACUAGAUUGUUAAUGAAUUCUGUGAAUUCUGUGAACAGUAAUGUGAUUGAAAAUAAAUCUAAACUGCUGUAAAAGUGACCACAAUGACAUAAAAUAAAUUUAAUAAGUCUAGAUCAGCAACAUGCAA